AUGACUGUUAAAGAGCAUAAUGAAGAAAAUAUUAUUGGUGAUGAAUUACAGAAUUCGAGGCAACUCUCCAUUGAUUGCGAUUCAGUUAAAAUUUCACUAAGGAACACAUAUUGGACCAAAGACUAUACAACAGGUAUCAAAUUAUUCAUAAAACAUAUGAAUAGAGAAAAUGAUCUGUUAAUUAAAGACAUCAAAUUUUAUAACGAUUUUGUCAACAAAUUUUGGAAACCAACAUUGAACAAUUUACAAAAAUUGGACGGAACUAAUUCAAUGAAUGGCAGACUACUGGAAGUGAUGAAUAAACAAUUUAGUAUAAUAUCAACAGAGCAAAUUGAAAAAGACUGUAAAAUGCCAUUGCAAGAAUUAAGAGAUCUUAAUGAGAGCUUCCUUCAUGAAGCAGAAAACGAUUUGUCAUCUCGUUAUUCGGUUUACGUUAAAGAUUUAGUUGCAGUCAAAGAAGCUUUAAUUGAGUGUCAGAAAAGAGUUCAAUCCAUAUACAAGUUGAAAAAAGUGAAGAUGUCAAUGGAUAGUUCUUCCUCUGCUUUUGGGAAUAGUGAGGAUAGCGCACCUUUAACGAGAUCGAGAUUCGUAUAUGAGUUUCCCUAUACUUUAGACGAGAGGUUAAAAUUUGAUGAUUGCAACCAAUUUAUGUCAUUUUUGCAAGCCUUGAGGGAAAAGGUUGUUUUGGAGAAGAAUGUCUUUCCUGUUCCAGGUUUGCCAAAUCAAAGUUUCCAAGGCCGAUCAUUGGUAAAAGAAUUGAAGAAACUUGAACCUAAACUAGACCUAUCCUUAUUUAAUACCGAUAGAAUAGGUAAUGAAUUCAUCCGGCUCGGUGUAAUACAGGAAUAUUCCCUGAAUUUUUACUCCAGCAAAAGUUCUCAGUUUGAUCAGGAAAAAUACUACUACUGGGACAGUGAACUUAUCAGUACGCAAGAGAGAAAUGGUAAUACUGGAAUCAGGAAUAAGAAAUCAUACGGCGACUUAACACAAUCUAAUAAUGGACAUGAAGAAAAAUCAAAUGUAUCAUCAAUCAGGACGUCUAUAUCCGAUUGGAUCCGCAAAGUUAGUCUACAUGACAAUGAUGAUAGCGAUGCAGCGGGAAGCACAGACAUAAAUGAAAAUGAAUGGAAGGGUUUAAAGCAGCAACUGGAAUUAUCGCAAGAUAAUUUUUUCGCCAAAUGUUGCCAGUUGGAAUAUUCUAAAGUGCAGUUGGAAAAAGCCAUUUAUGAUUAUUGUAAGAAUUACUCUAAGAUGGAGGACGGGAUCAAACGAACUCUAAGAUCAUCAAACAAGACCUUUCAACGAAACUGUGAGAAAUUUACUGAGUCACCUGUGUGUUCUCUACAGGAAGGACACCUGCCACAGAAAAGUGACGAUAUAGAUAUAAGAGGAUUUUUCCUCAGGGAUAACGGCAUACCCUUUCGCAAGUGGAAUAUCAUAGAGGCGAGUGACCCAGUCGACGCUUGCAAAGAAAUCUCCAUUAAAAGCGAGAAGUUUUUCUGCGGUAGUGAAAUAAACAAUGAUCUGGCUGCCGUGGAUACGUUAGAGGCAAUAAAAACUAUACUCCGGCAGAUUGAAAAGGAACCAAAUACUGAAAAAAUCGCACAAAGUUGGCACAAAGAUAUCGACUUUGUAAGGGUUUCAAAUUUGAAAAGGGACUUAUUAGGGGAAUUCAAAGAAUCCAAAACUAUCGGAAAUACAAAUUCUGUAAUCACUGCUCAGUUUUUCGAAAACUCGCACAGUUAUGUCGCUAACGAUCUCGUCGGACUCAUCAAACUAUGGCUGUUAGAACUACCCGAUAGCCUGGUACCCUCAAAUCAUUACGAUGAUUUAGUUAAGGCAAAGAAACCGCUAAUCUCCUUAUGCGAACAAUUUCCUACGAGCUCCUUAAGGUUUCUACAAGAAUUAGCAAACCAUUUUCAAAUACUCAACGAUAGAUCCUCACUUCCGCCGCAAACAGUGCAAGAUCUGUUUAGAGACAACAGUGACAUAGACAUCCCAUUGGCCCACCACUUCGUAAGAAGAACAGGCCUGCAGAACCCAAUUGACAUCAAAAUCUUGUCGCCAGCACUAUAUACUUUCUUUAUCAACCGAAGAACUGUAGACAUUUUGCAAACGCUGAUCGCUAACAGCACCACGAUGAUGACAACAACAGCUGCGAUACUCACUGAACCACCGAUGAUAAUUAUAAAGGAUACAACAAUACCCAUAUCAUCUAACCCUAAACUACCGCCAAACGACAAGGAUGGGCCUUUCAUACCACGACCUUUCAAGACUAGUUCUACUCCGACAACCCCAGAAAGACCCAAACGCAAGAGCGGUCUAUUCCUUCCCAUUAACGUCAACGACUUCCCUCCUACAUAA